GGCUCUCUCUCUCUCUGUUCCAGAAGAAGAGGAUCUCAGUUUUCCUUUGAUGGAAGAAAUAGGUCAAAAAGUCUCCAACGACCCAUUUCUCUGCGGUUCUUUCUCUGUUGUUUGAACGCUCUCAUCUUUUCCGGUUUCGGAAGUGAAGGUUCUAUCUGUUGUUUGAUCAACAAACCGCCAUGGAAGAAGUAGGGGAGUUUCAAGACUGGGAGUUGCUGGGUAUCGUCCAAUCACCCGUUUCCACUGAGACUUCGAGAGAUUUCGUGGAAAUUGAAGGCGACUCUGAAGAUGUUAUAAGGCCCGAUUAUUUCUCUCUGGAUUCAGAGAGGAGAUGCGAGAAAAGGGUCUUUGAACGUGACCUUUGCGAAGAGGGUUCUGUCGAAUCUGAUAAUCCCAGCUGGGUUGAUCCUAGUUCGGAACCCAGGUAUGGAGAUGAUGCCAAAAGAGAAGCGGGUUUGGAAGGAAUCGUGCUUGGGCGUAAGAAUUCGGGAGAAUUUUGGUCUGACUCAAGCAGUGAACGAUCGGUUUCCCAGAAAAACGAUUUGGGUUGUGUAGAUGAUGCAAGAGACGAAGUGGCUUUUGAAGAAUCUGGGGAAAGUAAAGGAAUUGAACCUAAAAGUAUGGAUUGUGGCGAGUUUGGGACCGAUUGCGGCGGAGAUGGAUCUUCCCCUGUAACGGUUGAGAACACUGAGGGAGACUCAGGCUUGGUCUCUGGAGAUUACGAGCAAGAAUUUAAAGCAGAGGGGCCAAAUGGCUCGGAUUCAGGUGUUAUGUUGGAGGUUGCAGCAGACGUCGGUGAAGUUGCAGAAGGGAUCGGAGCCAUAUCACGCCAUGAGGUAAAAGGAGGAGAAGAAGGGAAGAGGGAGAUUGUUUGGUGGAAGCUUCCUUUUGAGCUUCUCAAAUUCUGUGUUUUCAGGGUUAGCCCUGUUUGGUCCUUAUCUAUCGCUGCUGCUAUGGUGGGUGUUGCUAUUCUGGGGAGGAGGUUGUACAGGAUGAAGAGAAAGACUCGGGCCAUUCCUCUUAAGGUCACUGUGGAUGAUAAGAAGGUGUCUCAGUUCAUGGUCCGUGCUGCCCGUCUUAAUGAAGCAUUCUCGGUCGUUCGUCGUGUUCCAAUCAUACGACCUCCACUGCCAACAGCUGGGGUGACUCCUUGGCCUGUCAUGAGUUUGAGAUGAGACCUGUUGUGUUAUAGAUAAGUGAAAAACACACAAGUUCUUCAAGGUCAAUUGCCAGAAUAUAUUUAUGACAGAUUUCCCAUAUGUAACUAAAGUGUUUGGUGAUAGUAGCUUCUGUUUGAUAUUUAUUUGUAUGAGGUUAUUAAAUGACUUAUUUGUUAAGACGUACGGAUAUUUUCUAAAUUUUCUUU